AAUAAAAAGAAAUAAAAUGUGUCAAACCUAAUAUUUUAUGAUUCUCAGCAUCAGGUGUCACUAAUAUCAGAAUGUUUUACAUCACGUCGUACUGACUGACGUGUAAAGAAAUCCCAUUGGCCGUCCAUAUUAUCGGUUCUGCGUCACUAAUCUGUCGCUUGUUUCACGUGUCUCCAUGGUAACGUCAGAGCUGCGCGAGCUGUGAGCCGCACAAUAGUUCACAUCAAGGAUGAAUUUGGCCGAGAUUUGUGAUAAUACGAAAAAGGGAAGGGAAUAUGCACUGCUCGGGAACUAUGACUCUUCGAUGGUGUACUACCAGGGUGUUCUACAACAGAUCCAAAAGCACUGUCAGUCUCUUAAAGAUCCUGCACUAAAGUUCAAAUGGCAGCAAGUUAGACAGGAGCUGGUGGAGGAAUAUGAACAGGUCAAAAGCAUUGUAAACACUCUGGAGAGUUUCAAGAUGGAAAAACCAGUUGAUGUUCUCAGUAAUCGACCAGAGGACUACAUAUCGGACCCUGCAGUGUGGCCACCCCCCACCCCUGUUGAGCACAGGAUACCUGUUCAAGUGAAAAGGCCAAACACUGGUGCGAAGGCCCAGCGUAAAGACUGUCCUGUCCGAGGCGCUGCAGGAAAAUGCCAACCAAGUUCGAAAUCAGAUCGACCCGCUGGCCGCAUUCCUAGAGUUAAUGAAGAGAAGGGUAAGAAUGUCCAGGAGGGGGCAGCAGAAGGAGAGUUAAAGAAAUUUGAUGAUGCAGGUUAUGACAGUGACUUGGUUAACAAUUUGGAGAGAGACAUCGUGUCAAGAAAUCCUAAUAUCCACUGGAAUGAUAUAGCAGACCUGGAGGAAGCCAAGAAACUGCUACGGGAAGCCGUGGUUUUGCCAAUGUGGAUGCCAGAUUUCUUCAAAGGCAUACGGCGCCCAUGGAAGGGUGUACUGAUGGUUGGACCUCCAGGUACAGGCAAGACCAUGUUGGCUAAAGCUGUAGCUACCGAGUGUGGUACUACUUUCUUUAAUGUCUCAUCCUCCACACUUACCUCCAAGUACCGGGGAGAGUCAGAGAAACUUGUUCGGCUGCUCUUCGAAAUGGCUCGAUUUUAUGCCCCGACCACUAUAUUCAUCGAUGAAAUCGACUCGAUUUGCGGGAGACGUGGAACAUCAGAUGAACACGAAGCAAGCCGCAGAGUAAAAUCUGAGCUUCUGGUGCAGAUGGAUGGUGUAGGAGGUGCAACAGAAAAUGAUGACCCCUCUAAAAUGGUGAUGGUUCUGGCUGCAACAAACUUUCCCUGGGACAUAGACGAAGCCCUGAGGAGAAGGCUGGAAAAGAGGAUCUAUAUUCCACUGCCCACUGUAAAAGGGCGAGUGGAUCUGCUCAGGAUUAGCCUGAGGGAGGUGGAAUUGUCUCCUGAUGUUGACUUACCCACCAUUGCUGAGAAGACGGAGGACUACUCUGGUGCAGACAUCACCAACAUUUGCAGAGAUGCAGCCAUGAUGGCAAUGCGUCGGAGGAUUCAAGGCUUGAGCCCAGAGGAGAUCCGAGCGCUAUCUAAAGAAGAGCUGCAGAUGCCUGUCACUAUGGAGGACUUUGAAAUCGCUCUUAAAAAGAUCUCCAAGUCCGUUUCUGCUGCCGACCUGAAAAAAUAUGAGGCCUGGAUGAAUGAAUUUGGCUCUGUUUAAUUAGAAAUACUGAACAGCAGGGAUGAUAGGAAUCACCAUCUCAGGCUUCAAUGCUUAAUUAUGCUCUAUUGCCCAGUCUGCUGUAAACAUUCAGCCAAUUUUAUAAAUAACAUUUAUAAAGUUUCUAAUUCGGUUACCAUCGAGCCAUUGUUAUUUCUGACAUUCCUUAUAUAUUUAAUUUAGCUAAAUUAGACUAAAGUUCAGCAUUGGUACUCUUUGGCCUGAUUUUAUGGUACUGUUUACUGUGACUUCAAUAAACCAUAGUAUAUUGUUUACUUUUAUACAUAUUUUACUUUUCUUUAUGGAAAUUCCAAUAUUACCAAUGUUAUUUCCUCCUAUCUACAGAACCUAAGUGUAAUGUUCGUUCUUUGCCAUACUUUGUAGACAUUACACAAAACAUCAGGACCCAUAUUCAUAAAGAUUUUAAAAAUGCUCUGAGAGAGCUCCUAACUUAGCUUAAAAAUUCUAGAACUAAACUAAUCUAAAGUUGAACUCUUAUCUUAAGAGUGAUUCAGGACCAAUCUCAGUGCAACUCUGAGCAAGGAAAACAGAACAACUAGAGAGGAGGCGGCGAUAAACCCGUUACUAGGUAUGACAUUCUUUUAAAGACUUGUGAUUUAUUGUCCAAUAAAAUGAAUUGGUUUUAAAA